AUGUCGCUCCCGCACGACUACGCCAGCAUCCUCAACGACCUCAACCGCGACGUCAUCCGCUUCCGCCCCCUCGAUGCGCUGCAGUUCUGCGCCAACUGGUUCGCGCGCCGCCUCGAGGACGAGCGCAAGGCGGCGCUCGCCCAGAGCGCCGCCGCCGCCGCCGAGAGCGACAGCGCUCCGGCGGCAGCUCCGUCGCCCUUCGCUGCGGCGUCGCCCUUCGCCAGCGGCAGCAGCAGCAGCGCAGCCGCGUCCGGCACGCCGUUCGGCAACGCCAACCCCUUCGGCAGCGCACCCGGCGCCGCGCCCGCCUUCUCCUUCGACCCGCCGUCUCGCUCCGCGUCCAUCGCCUCGUCCGCCGGCGCACCGGCUGCCGCGCACGACGGCGACGACGACGAUGCGCUGCACCCCGGCCUGGCGCCGUCGCCCGGCUACAACCUCGGGCGGCGCACGAGUGUCUCUGCCGAGUCGCUGGCGCCCUCUGCGCCCUCGGACGGCGUCGCGGCGCCGAAGCUCGUCAUUCCCAAGAGUGACUCGCAGAUGGCGCGCAUCCGCGCCUCGAUUGCCAGCAACGUGCUCUUCCGCAACCUCGACGCCGAGCAGGAGGCCGACGUGCUCAACGCCAUGAAGGAGGUGCACGUGGCGCCCGGCGAGGCCGUCAUCCGCCAGGGCGACCAGGGCGACUACUUCUACGUCGUCGAGAGCGGCAGCUUUGACAUCUACGUGCGCAGCACCAGUGCGCCGUCGACGAGCAGUGCUGGCACCUCGGACGACGACGCGCGCGUGGCCGGCGGCGAUGCCGCCAGCCUCGGCGACAAGAAGGCCGUGGCCGGCCCGAGCAGCUCGUUCGGCGAGCUGGCACUGCUGUACGCGCAGCCGCGCGCCGCCAGUGUGCUGGCGACGCAGGCCAGCGUGCUCUGGGCGCUGGACCGCAUCACGUUCCGCAGCAUCCUCAUCGGCACCAACAGCCGCAAGCGCUCGCUCUUCGAGGCACACCUGCGCAACGUCUCGCUCUUCGACAGCCUCAGCGACGCCGAGCGCGCCAAGAUUGCCGAUGCGCUCGAGCAGCGCGCCGUCGAGCAGGGCGCGCGGGUCAUUGAGCAGGGCGAGCGUGGAAGCGAGUUCUUCAUCGUCAUCGACGGCAGCGCAGAGGUGCGCAAGCGCCGCGAGGCCGACGGCGUCGAGGAGAGCGUGGGCCGUCUGGGCGCCGGCGACUACUUCGGCGAGCUGGCGCUGCUGAACAACGCGCCGCGCGCCGCCUCCAUCGUGGCCUUGAGUCCGACGCUGCGUCUCGCCGCGCUCUCCGAGUCGGCGUUCAAGCGUCUCGUCGGCCCGCUGGCACACAUCAUGUCGCGGCACGCCGCCGAGGCAUACGGCGGCGCGCCGCUGCCGUCCGCAGGGCUGAGCGGCUCGGGCCCCUCGAGCGCCAGCGUGCCGCGCGCCGGCGAGGACGCUACGAUGGGUGUCGCGCCGGGAGUGGCGCCGCACGAUACGACGAGCGGCGCGCCGGGCGCUGGCAUGUGGGUGGGCGGACUGGGCUCGUCGCCGUUUGGCGAGGCUCCGCGUAGCUAA